CACAAGCCAAAUUAAUGUUACCCAUUGUCACUGAGUGAACUGAAGUAAAAGAGUUUUAUAGAACUGACCUUAGUAUUCUGUGCUUAUAACCCUAUUUAGAUAAUUUAAAUAUUAUACACACGCAAUGCCGAAAAGUGCAAGUUUCGAAAUUAUCGUCGGCACGUACGAGGAAUACCUACUAGGAUACGUAUUUUCGGGUGAAGCCAAAACUUUGACGAACAGCUUCGCGUCGCACGAUCACAGCGGUAGUGUGCGUUGCGUUUCGACCUAUGAUCAUUAUUUGGCAUCCGGAGCAUCGGACGACCGUAUAAUAAUUUACGAUAUGAAGACCAGAAAAGAACAUUGUAUGCUAACUCAUCAUGAUGCCUCCAUAUCUUGCGUUUGCUUUUCGAAAGAUCAUUCGCAUGUAAUAUCGGCUAGCCAAGACGGUGUUUUAACUAUAGUACGUGUGGGCAACUGGCAAGUCGAGAAAAUAUGGGACAAACCUCAUAAAGGAUGUGAGAUUUUGGACAUUGCCGUUCAUUCUAGUGGUAAAUUGGCAUUUACUUUGGGUGCUGAUCACACUUUGCACACUUGGAAUUUAGUAAAAGGACGUUCUGCCUACAUAAUAAACUUAAAUACCAAAUGCAAGGACCCCAAGAGCAUAGAAAAAAUUGUGUUUGCUCCGGAUGAUAACCGAUUUUUGCUCUAUGGUGGAAGAUACACGGAAAUAUGGUGCAUCUCAUUAGGCGGAGUCCUAAAAGUAAUUGAACAUGAGCAAAAAGUUACAUGUAGCACUUGGGUAGACAAUGAUACCCUAUUUGUGGGCUAUGAAGAUGGCAACAUCGCCCGGAUUGACAUAAACAGCGAAUCAAAAAAAAUCAAAAAAGGGCAUGAGUCGAGAGUUAAGGCUGCGAAAUAUUUUGAGGGUUUUGUGGUAAGCGCGUGCAGUGAUGGCGAAAUUAAAGUUUGGACGAGAAAAUUGAAGGAAGUGAGCUCAGUGAAGACUGGUUGUCGUAUUACUUGCCUUUGUGUUGCGGGGUUAAUGUGCGAAAUUAAAAAAGAAGAGGAAGAGUUAGUGUUGGCGGAAAAGGAGGAACUGCUUUUUAAUAAAAAGAGUAAGGUUGUCAUAGAAGUGGACGUGAGUGAUGAUGAGAAAGCACAUGAAGAAAUUGUGAAAAAAAGCAAAAGGAAGAAACGAAAACUUGAUGUAAUAUCACAGACAGAAGAAACAAGCAGGAAAAGUAAGCGCAAAGGUAAGAAAAACAAAAAAAAUGUAAACUUAAAUAAAGAGGCAUAA